CGUGGAUAUACCGGAACAUGGCCAUACUGCCAACCCUGCGGUGAAUGCUUCCAUCAAUGGGACGAUAUCAUCCAAGGCCUCAAAUCGAAAGUGGAAAAUCUUAUCAAUACUGCCAACAACAUCGAAGACACUGGUGUGGCUUCUGCGUACGAUGAAGAGUUUGAAAAUAUGGAGAAAGUAUUGGAAGACACGAAAAAGAAACUAUCUGAUGCAAAUGUUAGCAAAGAGCACAUAGAAGAGUUGGACAAUGAAGUAGCAAAGCUGAAGAAGGAGGUUGCUGAUGCCCGCGAAAGAUUGGAUGGAAUCGAGGCUCGUGUGUCGAAUGCUACCCAGUCUGUCGACUUUGCUCAAGAAGAUCUGAAACAGCUUCAGUUGGAUGCGGAUCGUCUCACGGAAGCGGCAUCUGAUUUACAUGAGAAGACAAACAAGAUCAAGGAAGCUGAUGUGCAGGGUGCCUACAACAUUACUAGAGAAUCAGCUUCGCGUUCUUUGGCUGCUCAACGUCGAACAGACGCAGCUAUUGGCAAAUUGGCCGAAGCGGAAAGUCCUGGCGUAUGUGGCUUCUGCGGUGGGCAAUCUUGCUUAGCCGGAGCUGUGAGCAAAGCCGAUCAAGCCAGAAGCUUUUCUCUUGAAGCUGAUCUGAAACUGAAUGAGAAGCAGAAGGAAGCUGAAGAGGUAGUUAUAGAGAGUCCUGGCGUAUGCGGCUUCUGCGGUGGACAAUCUUGUCUAGCCGGAGCUGUGAGCAAAGCAGACCAAGCCAGAAGCUUUUCUCUCGAGGCUGAUCUGAAAUUGAACGAGAAGCAGAAGGAAGCUGAAGAAGUCCUGACCCUUGUUCGUGAUGUCCUUCAUUCUACGGCUGCUGCAAAGAAAGAUGCUCAGGAAGCUUUGGAGGUGGCCCGAGCAGCCGCUCAAAAGACGAAUUCUUCUAGGGCAGAAUUGGAUCAAAUUGUAGAUCAAAUGAACAAUUUCUUGAAGAGCUCGAGGAGUUCCCCAGAACAAAUAAGAACACUUGCUGAGGAAGUACUUUCGAAGAAGAUCAGCUUGACUCCUGAGCAAAUAGCCGCUCUUACGUCAAAGAUUCGCGAUUCUCUGGCCAAAAUUAGUAACAUUGGCGCAAUUCUUGCUGAAACGAGAGGCAAUAAGACGUUAGCAUCAAACCUGGAAUCGAAGGCUUUGGAGGCAAGUGCUCGUGCUGCAGCCAUAAAAAAUACCACGGAUACUGUGCGAGAAGCGAUCCAAGUGGCUGAAGAAGCCCAACUUGCAGCCUCCGAAGCUAUUCGAUCUGCUGACGAAGUGAUGAAGCAGGCAAAGUAUCGUUUAUUGGAACAUCUCGAAGCUGCUAAGAAAGAAGCCAAUGCUACGGAAUCCCGAGCAAAAGAAGUCAAUGCAAGCUUGUCCACUCUCGAAGGUGAAAUGAAGAAAGUCAAAGUGCAGUAUCUCCAAAUUGCCGAUGACGCUAAAAAUGCCUUCCAACUGGUUGACAAAGCUCUGCAAGCUGCUCAGACGGCUGAACAAGGGAAUAAGCAGAUGACGAUGGACAUCGAAACAGCGCAAGGACUCCUUUCCAGCAGGACACAAGGCAACGAAGCUCCACAGAAACGAGCAGAAGCGCUACGACAACGA